CUUGUUGUUGUCAAUUAUUAAAGUCACCAAAAGUCACACUGCAUUUGCUGAAUUUUGUUUCUAUUUGGAAUUUGGAAUUUUGAUAAUUGGAAUUCAGAAGAGCUUAAAAAGAAUAAAAACGCAUUUGCAUAAAUUAUUGAUUAAAAAGAAGAAGAUGGCUCUUCCUCAGAAAAAGUACUAUAGGCAACGAGCGCAUUCAAAUCCAAUUGCUGACCAUUGUUUUGAAUAUCCUGCUCAUCCAGAUGAUUAUGAUUGGUCUAAUUUAUAUCCUGUGUUAAAAACAGAUAAAUCUAAAAGGGUCGAGUUUUUAGAUGUUGGAUGUGGAUAUGGUGGACUUUUAGUAACAUUAUCGCCAAUGUUCCCUGAAAAUAUAAUGUUAGGCCUGGAAAUACGUGUUAAGGUAUCGGAUUAUGUUAAUGAUAGGAUCCUCGCCUUAAGGACACAGUUUAUGGACCAAUAUCAAAAUAUAGCUGUACUGAGAACAAAUGCUAUGAAAUAUUUACCAAACUUUUUCUACAAGGGCCAGCUAAAGAAAAUGUUUUUCCUAUAUCCAGAUCCUCAUUUUAAAAAAGCCAAGCAUAAGUGGAGGAUUAUCAAUAAGUGGCUUCUUUCUGAAUAUGCUUACGUACUUGCAGAACAAGGUGUUGUGUACACAAUUACAGAUGUAAAGGAUUUACAUGAGUGGAUGGUCACUCACUUUGAAGAACAUCCAUUGUUUGAAAGAAUUUCUGGAGAAGAUUUAGAAAAUGACAAAAUUGUUGACAAAUUAUAUGAAAGCACUGAAGAGGGUCAAAAAGUUACAAGAAAUAAUGGAGAUAAGUUCCUUGCAGUGUUCAGAAGGAUACCUGACAACUUCAUAGAAAACAUUAAGUGAUUUUAUAUUGCUAGGAGUUACGACUAUUUUAUAAAUUUAUGAAUAAAUAAUAGAAUAAAUUAUUGUGAUA